AUGGCUUUGGAUAUAUUCUCUCCGCACCGGUCGGGACGUAACUAUUGGGAUGUGUGGCGAUGGCCGGAGAACCUAAACGGCCAACACUUCGGGCUCGACCUGAACGAGAUGGUGGCGGCCGGGGGUCUCCGUAGCGCCACCGGUGGGUCGCAAGUGGUGAACGCCGGCGACCGGUUCGCCGUACGACUCGACUGUCAACACUUCACACCGGAAGAGGUGACCGUCAAAGUGGUCGGCCAUCUGCUCGUCAUUCACGGCAAGCACGAGGAGCGCUCCGACAAUAACGGAAGUCACGGAUCGGUUCGACGAGAAUUUACGCGCCGGUAUGUAUUGCCUGAUGGGUGCGACCCUGAAAAAGUGUUGUCCAGUUUGAACGCGAAGGGCAUACUGUCCAUAGAGGCGCCCAAAAAGGCUUUGCCCCCACCGGACAACAGCGAACAU